GCCGUUGUGAUAUUUGGAGAGAGGGAGAGAAAGAGAGAGAUUAAAAACUCCUCUGUUUCUCUUUUUCAACAUUUUUCUCUCUCUUAAAACGAAAAAAAAACCUUCGACGACGAAGCGAUUUUUAAUUCUCCAGACUAUGGAAAUGGAAUCAUUCAUGGACGACCUUCUAAACUUCUCUGUACCGGAGGAGGAAGAAGACGAAGACGAAGGAGAGAUUGUCCGUUCUCCGAGGAAUAUAUCUCGCCGGAAAACAGGAUUACGGCAAACGGAUUCCUUCGGUCUCUUCAAUCCCGAUGACCCUGGAGUGGUUGAGGAAGAUUUGGAAUGGAUAUCAAACAAAGAUGCUUUCCCUGUAAUCGAAACAUUCGUCGGCGUUUUACCGUCGGAACAUUUCCGUUUAUCGUCGCCGGAGGGAGAGGCGACGGAAGGGAAACAGCUGAGUCCGGUUUCAGUUCUGGAAACGAGUAGCCAUAAUAGCUCUAUAACGACGGCGACGACAAGCAGCGGCGGAAGUAACGGAAGCACGGUGGCUGCGACGGCGACGGCAGCUACCACCACCACGAUGAUGAAUUGCUGCGUAGGAUUAAACGUGCCGGGAAAAGCGAGAAGCAAGCGCCGCCGCACGGGACGGCGAGAUUUGAAAGUUUUGUGGACGGGGAACAACGAGCAAGGACCGCAGAAGAAGAAGACGCCGUCGGUUGCGGCGGCGGCGGUUUCGUUGGGAAGGAAGUGUCAACACUGUGGAGCGGAGAAGACGCCGCAAUGGAGGGCGGGACCGUCGGGACCGAAGACGCUGUGUAACGCGUGUGGCGUGAGGUACAAGUCAGGGAGGCUUGUUCCGGAGUAUCGGCCGGCGAAUAGUCCGACUUUCUCGGCGGAGUUACAUUCGAAUUCUCACCGGAAGAUUGUAGAGAUGAGGAAGCAGUUUCAGUCCGGUGAUGUUGUUGUUGAUCGGAAAGAUUGUGGAUAAAAAAAAAGUUGUUAGGAUAAAUUUUUUCUCUCUUUUUUUUUUUGAGAAACUUUUUUUUCAAUUACGUUAAUUUCUCUUUUUAAGUUUGUUUUAGGGUUUUGCAGUUGAAAUUUAGGUUUUUUUGUUUACUUUUUUAUUUGUGAAAUUAGGGGUAAUUACUAUUUUAGGGAAUAUUAUGGUCAGUGAAUGGAAGAUAACUUGCUCA